AUGUCUAUAAGACAAUUCCCUAGACUAGCGAGGCUACCAUUCGUUGGCUCCCUAUACCAGUCCGCUAUCAAAAUCCCCCAGACACACGAUGACGGUCAAGCUUUGCUCGAAGAUGAUGCGUUAAGUAUUCCACUUGAGAACACUGAGCCAUCCUCUGAGCCAUCCUCUGACCUAGCUUCACGACGACCAAGACUAGUAGCAAGAAGUUAUCGUCACGCCGCUUCGUGGCAAAAUAAGUCAUGUCAAUACGCGAUUUUCUUGGCAAUACUAGCUGGCCUGUUGCUGGCAGUAUUGCUACCUCGCCGUCAUCCCACUUCUACACCCCGGGUUGACGGCCUACUACCUUGUGGUAGUUCAAGAUAUUCGAUUAAUGAUCAUACGUGCUAUCGUGGUAAUUUUCUUUGUCCGGUUGUCGACAAGAAACGCACAUUACAGUGUGGAAGCGAUUGCUAUCUGCCUCACCUAUACUCUUGUGACAAUGGAAAACUAGUAUCAUUACCCGAACCUGACUUAGGCGAAAAACUACCAUCCCAAGAGGCCGGCCAGGAAUUGUGCACAUCCAGCUAUCUCCACUUAAGCGAUCCUCCAUAUGAUAAUUACUUCGCAGCCGAUUGUAGCAGUGCAAGUCAAGUCGUUGUGACUAGCCCAUUACCUGGUAGCAACCUCAAGAUUAUCGGUCCUAGACUUCUAAUCGCUUGGCCAGCCGGUAAUAGCGGGAUUGUGUUAUAUUUCUCACCACAAAGUGGCGUCAACGGAACACUUGGCGUAGAGCUUGAGAAUCUUGCUGGCAUAAAUCGUACAUUAAAUCCACUUGUUGGCGGAGUAAGCGGUAUUCUGUCUCUCAACUCAUCUGCUACACUUGACUUGGCUAUUCUAGGAAGUAUUAGAACGAUACGGGAAUUCGUCGAAGGACCAAGCACUCUUUCACCUAAGAUCCAAGAUGCAAUCACGAUUCAAGCAUUGCCCGAUGGGGGUAUCCAGCUCAAUCGCGUAUGGCUCGACAGAACAACGGAGACAUUUCUCACAAUACACAACCUUAAUAGUACUUCUAUCCCCAUCAAAGACGGCCGGCCUCGCCUUACAGGCGGUACUUACGCCUUCAAUGCUUGGAGCAGCUAUCCACAACUUGACCAACUCGGGACCACUAGAAUCAUCAAUCCCGCCUCUAAAUCCAGCAUAUCGCAAAAUCAGGAGGACGUAGAAUCGCUCACGUUUUUAUCAUACCGCUCCAAGAUUUUAGCUGGAGCCUGGCGGUUCCUCACCUAUUUUGGACGUGAUAGUCUAAUAUCGCUUCUCCUACUCAAACCUAUACUUAGCGAAGGCGACGGGGGCGCAAUUGAGGCCAUUCUCGGAGCAGCCGUUGAGCGAAUUAACGCAAAAGAUGGCAGCGUUUGUCACGAAGAAACCAUUGGUGACUACGCAUCAUACUUGAACGACCAGCAGGGGAUAGACAGCGCAGAUCCUUUGUGCGACUAUAAGAUGAUUGACACCGACUUCUUUCUUCUGAUCGCAAUCAACGAGUAUUUCGUCAAUUCCGCCAUUGGAAGAACCCGUCGCGACCUGUUCUUUUCUAGGAAUGCGUCCGUCCUUUCCGCAAACCGUGGACUUGCAUAUAGAGAUCUUACUUUAGCUACCGCAGAAAAGAUUAUGAAACUCACCGCUAACUUUGAGCAAUCUCCCGUAAAAGAGAACCUUAUACAUAUAAAUAAGGGACAAACGGUAGGACAAUGGCGUGACAGCCCUAACGGUUUAGGCGGAGGCCGUAUACCGUACGACGUGAAUACGGCUUUAGCUCCAGCAGCACUCAAGUCCAUCGCCUCGCUAUCCGAGAAUGGAUUUUUCCCUUCACAUUCAGACUGGAGUGCGGUUGCUCAUAAGCGUGCCACUCUCUGGGAAUACAGUACCCUUUCUUUCUUCCAGGUUAAUAUUACGGCAGAAAAAGCCCGAGGUCUUGUUGAGCGCUACGUCGACGAAACAAAGUUCCCAGGCAAGGUCAAUUCGUCGGACUUGAACUCGCCAGUUGUAUUCCACGGUUUAGCUCUCGCCGGUGAUGGACAAUCGAUUGUCCAGGUGAUGAAUACAGAUGACUGCUUCCGGCUUUUUCUUCUUAAUGGUACUGACCAAGUCCAAGUCUCCGCUUUCCUCUCUCAGGUGACAGAUAAUAUCCUGCGCCAAUUCCCCCUCGGUCUUUCUACAAGUGUCGGACUAGUCGUUGCGAAUCCGGCUUACGGUGAUGGAUCCGCGAACGUAAAGGAGUUUACAGAAAGUGCGUAUCACGGUACAGUGGUCUGGGGUUGGCAACUUGCCAUGAUGGCUGUAGGGUUGGAGAGACAGCUUGAGCGAUGCGAGGACGAGGAGCUGGCGUAUUGCGCGGACACGAAAUUGCACGGGCGUGUGCUCGAGGCGUACAACCACUUAUGGGAUCUAAUCGACGCCAAUCGUAAGCACCUAAGCAACGAGGUCUGGAGUUGGGUCUACAGGGACGACGACUUUCAUUACAUACCUUUAGGUGCUCUACCACCCCCUGACGGGCAGAGCCCAGUUGGUCCGUGA